AUGGAAGGCUCCUGCCUUUGUCGCGGCAUCAAGGUCCGUAUAAAUGCAAAGCCUGACGCUGUACAUGUGUGUCACUGUACCGAUUGCCGCCAGUUCACUGGCGCCAUUGCCGCGUUUCUCCUUCCCGUCUCCCGCGACAAGGUCACCAUCACCGGCUACCCGAGUGGAUACGCGAACAAGAGCGACGCGGGGGUGACCGUCAAGCGCUACUUCUGUGGGAACUGCGGGUCAUCUCUGUACGACAUCGGUGGGCAAGAAACUAACAUGUACUAUGUCCACGCCGGCCUCUUUCCGUCCCGUACCCUCCCUGCACCUGGGAAGGAGAUAUUCCUCCGCUCCGCAGAGGAAUGGACGAUCCGCUACCCAGGCUGCAAGGUCAGCGAGACAGAGGUGAAGAACCUGGGACCGUAA